AUGGUAUUUCUUUUUCCAUCACCAUUGCCGACACCGCCACCACCACAUCUGCCUCCGCCACCACCAUCUCUGCCUCCGUCACCACUACUUAAAGAUGAGCAUGUUGAAGAGCACAUUGAAGAGCACGAGCAUGUAGAAGUAGAAGAGACAGAACAACAUGACCCUAUUAAAGACCUUGUUGAUAUAUAUGAUCCAAGAAGGUGGAAAAAACUUAAUUUGGAUGAGAUUAAAAUUUUGGUUGAGAAAGGUCCUAAAAGAGAUAGUAGUAUUAUGUAUGGUCCCUACGAUAAAUUUGGUAGACGAUUUUCUGCAGCUUUGUAUACAAGAACUUUAUCAAAUUUGGAGAAGUGUGAUAGAGAAUGGCUAGUAUAUUCGAAAGAGCUAGACAGGGUAUUUUGUUUCUGUUGUAAAGUGUUUAGAAAAGAGAUUUCAAAAGGUAAAUUGGAUGGUGAAGGUUAUGCAGAUUGGCACCAUGUUACCACUAGGGUUAAAGAACACGAAAUUUCAUUGGAUCAUCUUACAAAUAGGAAUAAGUGGUUUGACAUGCGUAAAAGAUUGAACUUGAACGAAACAAUUGAUAAAGUUCAACAUGAGCAAUUCAAGAAAGAAAGAGAUUACUGGAAACAAGUGCUUUUAAGAAUUAUUGCAGUAGUGAAGUUUCUUGCUAAACAUAAUUUAGCAUUUCGUGGAUCCAAUGAAAAGUUGUAUAAAAAAGGUAAUGGAAAUUUUAUGGGUGUCAUUGAAAUGUUGGAAGAGUUUGACCCGGUUAUCAAAGAGCAUGUGCGACGGAUCACAAGAUUAUUUGAUAUUACACUUGAGGAGUUAAAGUCUCUUGGUCUUCAAAUUGAUGAUAUGCGUGGUCAAGGCUAUGAUAAUGGGGCAAACAUGAAAGGAAACACGAAGGAGUGCAAAAGAGAUUUUUAG